AUGGUUGGGGUAUCUAAGCUUCUAGAGCUUACGCUCUUGGCCACUUCAGCUCGCGCCUUCUUCAUCUGGCCUCCUCUACCAUGCGAUCCAGGGGAGCCUUGUUAUGUGAGCGGUAGUACUGAUGUUAGUGGGAAGGGGCUUGUGGCAGCUGGAGGUCAAUUCCAUUCUCCAUCGCCGCCUGGAGGUGAACCCCAAAUGGACGGGUUUAUCAGUCUCAGCGUGGUUCAAAGAAACGCCGACCCUAACGAGAGUCUCGAAGCUGGCGCUGCCCGAGCUGCCCGAGACGCCAAGCGAAUCGCAUACAGAUUUGCUACUUUGGAUAGCCCGCGAGUACCAAAAAAGAGGUCCAAGUUGGCAGCCAGGACUAAUACGUACUCGGUUGUUGAACCCGAGAGUACGAAAAGGAAGGAUAGCGCGGGCAUCUACCACGACCCUUCGGACUACGCCUAUUUCGCCAAAGUUCAGUUUGGUUCGUCAAAGAAGCCACUGUAUAUGCUCCUAGAUACCGGUUCCUCGACGGCGUGGAUCAUGGGCGCAACAUGCAAGAGCGACGCCUGCAUCUACCACGACCUUUUCGGGGUUGACGACUCUAAGACGCUUAAGCUGCAGAGCAAGGAGUUUCGUCUUGCCUAUGGAACUGGUGUUGUUCAAGGCACUCUCGCCCGUGAUUCAGUCUCGGUUGCCGGAAUCUCCCUCAACAUGUCCUUCGGGCUGGCAAAUGAGACAUCUAGUGACUUCACUCAUUUCGCCUUCGAUGGCAUUCUAGGCCUCGACAUGGCCGUGGGGGGCACUGACGGUUUCAUAACCGAGCUUGUGAACCAAAAGGUUCUCCAAAGCAACAUUUUUGCCGUCACCCUGGGCCGAGCUUCGGACCCCAUCAACGAAGGUCAGAUCACCUUUGGAGCUGUCGACUCUUCCAAGUACACGGGUGACAUUACAUACACCAAUCUGGCCAAUAAUAACAAGGGCGCUUGGGUUAUUCCCAUCGACGGCUUUGGGUUUGGAGGUAAACAGGUCACAUUGAAGGACCGUACGACCUACAUCGAUACCGGCACUUCGUUUGCCUUCGGACCGCAGUCGGAUGUCACGGCUCUCCAUAAGCUUAUUCCUGGUUCCACCACGGUAGACCAGGUUACAUGGUAUGUUCCGUGCAGCGACUCUCCGAUUGAGGUCACCUUUAGCGGUGUCACCUACAAGAUUUCGGCCAAGGACUGGCAGGCGGGCAGCGGCACGUCGUGCAGAAGCAACAUUUAUGGACGCGAGGUGGUGGCAAACGGCUGGCUGCUCGGAGACGUUUUCCUUAAGAACGUGUAUAGCGUCUUUGAUGUGGACCAGAAGCGCAUCGGCUUCGCUACCAAGGUUGAGCCCGUUGCGGCAACGACAACAUCGGGUACUCAGACCAGCCAAACCGUUGCUGGUACAAUCUCUUCCGAUGGUACUCCCACUUCGGCCGAUGCCACGGGCCAAUCUGCAACUCCGAGCGGGAAGGAUUCCGCCGGUUACCAGCUCAAGAGCAACGCGUAUGCUCUGGUGCUGGGUAUCGCCGUCAUGGCCGCCGCUAUGAUGGCUUAG